AUGGACUUUGCCAGCAUUGAUGUCAAAGGUGCAGAAUACAAGAAAGCAGCGAUUUUGUUCUGCUACCGAACAACACAUUGUAUCGAUUCGGCUUUUUCUUUAUUGAGUAAAGAGUAUCCGGACGUCACGAGGAAAGACGUGGAAGCUUGGUUCACCGAGCUGAGACUCGGUGAAAUUCCGGUGCCGGUAAACACGGGGAACCAACAAGAAAAAGCACUGUUCAGUUUGUCGCCAAAGCUUCUACAAGAAAUAACAAAAUAUUUGAGUGCGCAAGAUUUGAAAUCGAUCUCGCAAGUGUGCAAGUUACUAAAGCAAUUUGUGGCUAGAAUCGAUGUCAGAAUCGACUUGAUUCACAUCUUUCUCAAGCCGGACUCCAUUGAAAUCAAGACUGUGAAACCUGGAUCAACUUCCCUCUGUCAAAUCACACAAACGCCAAAUGGAUGUUCUGUCAACAAGGACGGCUUCACUACUUCACAAAGACGCACUUUUUUGGAGCAAUUGGCGGAUGAGUUCGAAAGAUGUCUUGGAAAUGAUAAUCGGAAAGUCAAAAAACUUGAUAUCGAAGUCGACAAGGAGAGUGAUCAUCAAACCGAGUUUUUCGACAAACUGAUCACUACGUUUAGACGCCUGGACUCUCGUCUGGACUGUGAGACAUUGCACACUGAUUUCUGCCCUUCGCGUACAUUGAAGUUCCUCAUCGAACAACUCUCCAGCGAGCAUUUUAAAGAUCUUCGGAUAAGAAGUGCUACACAAGUAAUCCAUGUUGGACCAUACGAUAUGAGCGAAAUCAUUUUACUCCCACACUGGAAGAAACUCACCGCUUUUUUCUCCUUCUGCGACUUGACAAAUAUUUCUCUCUUGGAUUUCGCUCAUAUUGACUGCGUGAGUGCCACGACGAGCUCUCGUCCUACGGAGGAUAUUGCUUCUUACAUUUUGGCCUGUGCGAUGAGUUCCUCGAGUUACCAAUUAAUAGGCCUUCCAAUCGAAAAUGUUGAAGAUGUGGCAUCACGACUGCUCCCCUUUGGAGUUGAAAAAAAGUGA